GCGCCGAAGCCGCGGAGUGGUCGAGGGCUUUGGCUCUUCUUGCACAGCUGGGGCCCAGCGCCUCCCUCAAGAGUUCUGCUUCUGGCCUACGUGCUGACCGCCUGUCCUUCAACGCGGCCCUGACCGCUUGCCGCAAUGCCGGGCGCUGGGGCGAGAUGUUGGCCGUCCUCGAGUCUAUGGCGGCUGCGAAGCAGGUGCCGGAUGACUCUACCCUGUCCACGGUGACAGCCGCCUGCGAUCGUGCUGGACUGCCGGACUUGGGUCUGAGGCUCUUCCUGCAGCUCAGCAGGGAGGGCGCCAGCCCGGCAGCUCCAGCCUACAACGCCGCGCUGAAAUCGGCCUCCUCGGUGCUGCUCUGGCGCGAGGUGCUGUCACUCCUGUCGGAGAUGUCCACACGAGACGUGGCCCGCUCCCGGCUGGCCUGCCGUGCCCUUCUGCGUGCCUGUGCGGAGAGGCCGCUGUACGCGGCUGCUGCCUUGCCCGCGUUCCGUGGCGUGCUGUCUGAGGCAGAGCUGCGCCAGUUGGCAGAAGGACUGGAGCGUCAGAUCCACUGUGGACCAGCGGAACCUCCCAGUGCAAACUUUUCGCUGUCCGUCUCCUGGCGCAGCCUCCCAUCCGUCACACCUCAGGAGCUGGAGGGCCUGGUCCCCAACUUCCGCCGCCACGGAGCGGACUUCCAGCGCCGACAGCUCCGCAAGCUACGUGGAUUGCUGGUGCAGGUUCCUGGCAUCCAGAUUCUCGAUUUGGUACUGGAAGCUAAACGACCGCUCCUCAAGCUGACGUUGCCUUGCGGCACACGGGCAGAUGUCUCCGCGCAAAAUCGCGAAGGCUGCCGGAAGUCGGCGUUCAUUGCGCGCCACCUCCAGCUGGGACAUCCCAUGCUUGCGAAGUGUUGUCUGUACUUGAAGACAUGGGCGCAAAGGCCUGGGAGUUUUUAUUUUGUUCUUUCAGUCUUCUGCUGUUUGCAAGCUUUGGGUUGUCACAUGUUUCCAAUCGUCAAACUUUAUUACACCCACGCUUCAGAAACCGUAGACGAGUGA